AUGUGCUGUGACUCGGUCGAAGAAAGUGGCAAAGAAGUGAUAAGCAACGUCUACAUUCUACACGAAACUGUAGAUAAUCCAAUAGUCAAAAAUGAACUUUUGCUGCUCGCUGAAUGCGAGGAGCGCUGGAGGCCAAUAUUUUCUGCAGCUGGGUUCUUCGAAGUGAAUCAGUCUUGUAUUGCUUCAAUCUUUUCAGCUUUGAUUACUCAUGUUGUUAUUAUAAUACAAUUCAAUAUGGUACUGCAAGAUGAUGACAUGAGUACCGGUAACAAUAUCACGAUAACAACGACAAAGGAAUGA